GGUCAUAUAGUAGAACUCAGUGAGCCAGCCACAGUCAGUGUGAACGCUGCUGCUGUUGCCUGGAGAGCCUCAAGGGCAAAGUCUGCUCUGGCAUUAGAGUGCCCCAUCUGAUAAAAACAUCACUCCCCCGCCUUUUGCAUUGGGAUUAUUAUAUUGGCUUUGAUUGUGCAAGACAUACUGUAUCCUGGCUGGAGACCUUGGAUUGGAAGACUGCUGAGCACCUUUUUCCACCCUGAUAGAGCACACCAGGUGUUUCUCUAUCUCACCCGAGUGGGAAAUGCGGCUUUGGUGACGUGGGUUUGUUUGGCCUAACUUUCCCAGCAACACAAGGAAUAAUUCUCUUACAAUUCAUCCUAAACAUAGACUCCGAGUCCAACAGGAGACAGCUGUUUGGCACUAUCCAGGGAUGGUAGAUUACUCUCCAGUUAGUGAGGAUACUUUUCUUCCUUACAGUGGCUCUACACAGGCCUACAUGGUGACAGACCUGAGCUCCUACCAGGUGAUGCCAUCACCAUUUUCGGAGGACGACCUGAGUGAAUCGUCCAGCCCUCGUUCCUGUUCCAGCCCGGACUCCCAGGUGCUCAGCUCCAGCUACGGCAGCAACUCUAGUGCAGAGAGCCAGGACAGUAUCCUAGAUCAGCUGCUGUCCCAGGCCUCGUUAGGAGGAGCCAACAGAGUGCCACCAGGAUCUGUGGCACCUAUACCUUUAUCCACUUUCUUCUGGGACUCACGGAGAGAUGAGCCUUCCAAACGUGAGCCUGUAAAGGAGGAACAGUUUGACUUCCUCACCUGGUCCAAUGUGGAGACAGAGGAACAAUCUGGAGGGUCCUUCCAGCCCACACUGGAAGAGAUCGAAGAAUUUCUGGAGGAGAAUAUGGAAGUGGUAACGAUGAAACAGGAAAUCCGAGACGGUUGUGUGGGGUUGGGAGUGGGACUGGAGGAGGCUCUUGGUCUAGAAAUUGGCUUGGAGUGGUGCAGGGACACCUCCCCUGAGCCUAAGUUCAAGCCAGAGGCCAAAUAUUCAGACCAAACUGUCCCUACCACCAGCACUGCUGCCUCCGGUGAGACCAAAACUACAUCAGUUGACCCCACAUAUGAAUCCAGCACAGGGGCCAAGAAGGCAUCAGCCAACAAACCUUCAUCCGCAGACAGUGGCACAAACGGUAGUGGAGGGCCAGUCAUCCUACAGAUUCAGCCCCUACAGAUCAAGCAGGAGCCCACAGUGGCGGCUCUUACGCCAGCAACCCAGCUCCCACCGCCUGCCCCAGCCUCAGACAUCAAACUUGCACAGCUACUAGUCAACAUUCAAGGCCAGACCUUUGCCCUGGUGCCCCACAUCAUGCCUUCCCCAAGCCUAAACGUCUCCUCCAAGUUUGUACGCAUUGCUCCCGUCCCUAUUGCAGCCAAGCCUCUUGGGCUAGGGGAUAGCUCAGCCAACCAUGGCUCAGGGAUUCUUGUUGGAGGUCAAAAGUUCCAGAAGAACCCAGUGGUGGAUCUUAUUAAAAUGCACAAAUGCACUUUUCCUGGCUGCACCAAGAUGUACACGAAGAGCAGCCACCUGAAGGCCCACCUAAGGAGGCACACGGGAGAAAAGCCUUUCGCCUGCAACUGGCAGGGCUGUGGAUGGAGGUUUUCCCGGUCGGAUGAGCUGUCUCGACACCGGCGUUCCCACUCAGGUGUCAAGCCCUACCAGUGUCCAGUUUGUGAGAAGAGGUUCGCCCGCAGUGACCACCUCUCAAAACACAUCAAAGUCCACCGUUUUCCACGAAACAGCCGGACAGUUCGCCCAGCAAACUGAAGCCCUGCUGGGAUCCCUCUCAUUCAGACUUAGGCCAUGCAAGCAUAGUUUGAGUGUGAACGUACAGGUGUGUGCUCAAAUGGUUGCACCAUCAUCCAGUCAGUUAAAUGUGAAGAAUUUGUGAGAGGAAGCAUACCUUGCUUCAUGUUUCCGCUUACUGUGACUGUUCUAUUUUAUUGUACAAAAGUAAACCGACACAGUUAGCAUCCUGUCUGUAACCAGCUAAAGGGUGAUGUUGCUGUUGGUGCUUUGGUAUGUUGUACUCCUUAUGUUUGUUCUGUCCUUAUCAACUGCCCCAGCAGAAGAUAAAAUAAGCUUAUUUUCAUUCAGUCUGGAUUAUGUGAUAGCUUUGGUAAUAGUCUCAUGUGUCCAUUCUACCUGGAUCAAAACAACUGCCUUUAAUCUUCCUGAAAGCUGCCAAUGUCUUCGACAUUCCUCAUGUUAUGCAAUAUUUAGGAAGUCAGAGGAAGUUUGUUGGGAUCCUCAUUAGCUACUAGUAGAGUAGUAGUUACUCUUCUUGUGUUCCAGAGAGGUUGUGAGGUUUGUCUAAUAGCUUUGUCCUUGCACCACAGUUUGUUGACAGUAUGGCUGACGGGAACCUUUGUUAUUCAGCUUGUUGUUGAUGCACAGGGUGGGACCUGGGAAAUGUCAUUACCUGGCUCCUCUGACAUUUUACAGCAACUUUGUAAAACUACUGGGACACGAGUAGCAGAACGGCAGAGCAAUCUCAAAGUGAAAUGCAACUAAAAUGUUAAGCGCACAGUAAUUGUUAAAUCAGCCUUCUAAUCAGUGUUAAAUAAUCUUUGUUUGUUGUUUUAUGUUGUCAUGUUUAUCUACUUGCUGGUCUUUUAUUUCUAUCGCUUUUCUGGCCUUACUAUACCACAAAAUCCUUACUGGCUUUUCAGUGAUACAUAUUUGAAUUGGUGUUAAGUGACUGUUCAGAAGGUGUCAUUAUGUGGCCCAUGUCAGCCAGUGCAGUCACGGAACUGAAUGUCUCGGUGUGCUGUUAUUAUUUUGCUGACGACUUGACAAAAAAUCUGCCUCAACUUUGCUUUAUCUGUUACUGGAGACACCCUGGAGACACCCUGACUGCCUUUGACCUCAGAGGACAGCUACGUUGCUUUGAGGUGACACCUAUGCAUACAUACCAUGGUGCUGAACUACCAGGACAAUUUCUGGAGAAUGUAGUCACAACAUCCCUACGAGGCUAUGACAUAAUUGCUCUGAAACAUUGUUUGCUACGUGCAGCACGCCCCACAGUGAAUAUGUAGGGGUGUGACAAUGCCGUCCAUGUGUAAUUCAUGUAUGUAAAGCUACAACAAGCAGGGGUACACAACAUUGUACAUCAUUCCUUUCAUUCAAUUUUUGAAUUUUUAAUGCUUGUGUGAACACAGGUGUUUUAUCGCAUCCUAUGAAUGUAUGCAAAUAUGCAGGAGUGUAUCGCGGCAUCCAGGAACACAGAGACUAUUCUGACACCAUAUCUUAAAACAAAUCAGUGGUUGUGAAGAUUUCUAGUGUAAACCCUAAAUGUGUACAUAACUUAACAUUUUAGUACAUUUGAAUAUAUUAUAUAUUUUUCCUUUGUUCUAUCCAAGAUGCAUUUACAAAUAAAACUGAAAAGAAACAAA